AACCCUCCUGCCUGCCUGCCUGUUUAAAUAGAAAAGCUCUUUUCUUGAGGUAUUCAUGGCUGCUUUUGUAGUGGGUUUAGUUCUUCUCUUGGCCAUGUCCGCUCAUUCAGAUGCAAGCUAUUGCGUGUGUAAUAGUGGGUUGAGUGACAGCAUUCUUCAGAAGAACAUAGAUUAUGCUUGUGGAGCUGGAGCUGAUUGUUCAGCAAUCCUUCAAAAUGGGGCUUGUUUUAACCCAAACACUGUCAAGGAUCACUGCAACUAUGCUGUGAAUAGUUAUUACCAGAGGAAGGGUCAGAUCACUGGAAGCUGUGAUUUUCAGGGCACUGCCACUGUUACUCAAACUGUCCCUAACGCAGCUUCUGGAUGUGUGUACCAAUCUAGCCCCAGCAAUGGAGGCAGCACAACGCCAUCUAUAGGAGGAACUCCAAACACUGGCGGCAGCACCACCACCCCAGGCAGCACAGUUCCAGGCUCUACGGGUAUUGGCCUCGGCCCUACCGGAAGUGGACUCGGCAGCUCAGACAACAGUGCUAGUGUGACAGUUUUAAACCACAGCAGCACCUUUAUGCUUGUUUCUUUAACUCUUUUAGCCUCUGGCUUGAUGUGGGCAAGAAUCUAAAGAAAGAAGACUAAAUGCAAGAAUAGAUGGAAGGGAUGGAAUCAUGACAUUGAUGGCUAUAUAUGAUGAUGAUUUUGCAAGAAGAAUUAGUUUCAUCUAGACUGAAACUCAACUCCACUUGGGCUUUUCUUUUUCUUGUUUUCCUCUCUUGUGGAAAAAGAAAGUGGGAGAAUUUGAUUCUCCUUUACAGUGGAGAUGUGGCUGUUUAUGGGAUAGUCUCAAACCUGUUCUCUUCUGUUUAGAAUUUUCCCAUGUACAUCUAGAUAGGGAAGCAGGAAAUUUAUUAAUAUUAGUUUUUCUUUUUGCU